UGUAAAUGUUAACAUUUGACAAAUAUCCAUUCUUGGCCUAACUUGGUUUAAAAGCUGAAAAUUAUGGAUCAUCUCUAAGUGGAACAUGGGUAGGAGAUGGAGAGUGGACUACUAGUUACAAUCCAAACACAGGAGAAGCUAUAGCAAAAGUUAAAUUAGGAACACUCUAAUAAUAUGAAUAAGGAAUGUAAGAGCUAUUGAAAGUUAAGAAUAUGUGGGCAGAAGUAUUUGAAUUGUUUAAAUUAGUUACCUAUUCCCAGAAGAGGGGAUAUAGUAAGAUAAAUAGGAGAUGAGUUUAGAAAAUAGAAGGAAGCUUUAGGAAUGUUAGUUUCUUUGGAGAUGGGUAAAAUAAAAUCUGAGGGUUUGGGUGAAGUUUAAGAAAUCAUAGAUAUUUGUGAUAUGGCUUGUGGAUUAUCAAGAUCCUUAUAUGGAUUAGUAAUCCCAUCAGAGAGACCCUCGCAUUUCAUGAUGGAAUAAUGGAAUCCCUUGGGUGUAGUAGGCAUUAUUACAGCAUUUAACUUUCCAGUUGCAGUAUUAGGAUGGAAUUUAGCACUUGGAUUUAUUUGUGGUGAUGUUUGUGUUUGGAAAGGAGCACCUUCAACAAAUUUAUCAUCCAUUGCUUGUACAAAUAUCAUUCAUGAAGUCUUUAAAAGAAAUGGAGUAAACUACUAAAUAUAAUCUAUUAGUUACCAACAAGUAUAUUAUUCACUAUUUGUGGAGAUGGUGUAUAAAUUGGAGAAGCAAUAACAAGUGAUAAGAGAAUUCCAUUAGUAUCCUUUACAGGUUCCACUUAAGUAGGUAAAAUCAUUGCUGCAAAGGUGGCUUCCAGAUUAGCCAGAAGUCUAUUGGAAUUAGGAGGAAAUAAUGCCUAGAUUGUUCAUGAAGAUGCAAAUGUUGAUUUAGCACUUAAGGCUGCAGUAUUUGCAGCUGUUGGUACAUGUGGAUAAAGAUGUACAUCUUUAAGAAGAUUGUUGUUACAUAAUAGUAUUGCAGAAACAUUUAUUCAAAAAAUGGUUAAAGUUUAUGCUACCAUUAAAAUUGGAAAUGCUUUAAAUGAUGGUAAUUAAUUCUUUUAUUUUUAGAUACCUUAUGUGGUCCACUUCACACAAGAGCAUAGGUUGAAUAAUACAAAAAAGUUAUUCCUGAAAUUCAAGCAUAAGGAGGAAAAUUACUUUAUGGAGGAAACGUAAUUGAAGGUCCAGGAAACUUUGUUUAACCAACAAUCUUUGAAGUUAGAGCUGAUCAUCCUAUUUUACAACAUGAACUCUUUAUGCCUAUCUUAUUUAUUGUUAGAUAUGAUACUUUAGAUUAAGCUAUUGAAAUUAAUAAUAAUGUUCCUUAAGGUUUGAGCAGUUCAUUAUUCACUUCUAAUUUAAGCAAUUCAUACAAAUGGACUGGACCUUUAGGAUCAGAUUGUGGUAUUGUAAAUGUUAAUAUUGGAACAUCUGGAGCUGAAAUUGGAGGAGCUUUCGGAGGUGAAAAAGAAACAGGAGGUGGUAGAGAAUCAGGAAGUGAUUCAUGGAAAACUUAUAUGAGAAGAUCUACAUGCACUAUUAAUUUUGGUAAGACCUUACCCCUUGCUUAAGGAGUUAAAUUUGAUAUUUGAAA